CACUAUCAGGGUGUGAGAAGAAAACUGAGGCCCGGGAGAAUUCUUGGCUUCAUCCUUAGCCUGGCGGUGGUAUGUACGGUGUGUUCAUGGAGUGCCUUGUCUCUUGUCACCACGGGGGUGCCCAUUGAGCCAAAUUCUGAGGGACCUGAAGAUGCAGACUUGCCCCAAAGAACUCUCCUGGAGCACCAGAAUGUCUCUGACGCUGGGGCCCAGCAAACAUCAGAAAUUGAGAUGAAUCACGGGGACUACCCAACAGACUACUUCAGUGUGGAGGACAGACGUCAAGGCUUUGUGGUGUUUCAUAUGAUUGGCAUGUUGUACAUGUUUAUAGCCUUAGCCAUCGUGUGUGAUGAAUUCUUUGUCCCGGCACUGACUGUCAUUACCGAGAAGCUUGAGAUCUCUGAUGACGUAGCAGGAGCCACCUUCAUGGCUGCGGGUGGCUCAGCUCCAGAACUGUUCACCUCCGUCAUAGGAGUCUUCAUCUCCCACAGUAACGUGGGCAUCGGUACCAUCGUUGGCUCUGCCGUCUUCAACAUCUUGUUUGUGAUUGGGAUGUGCGCUCUCUUCUCCAAAGAGGUGCUGAACCUCACCUGGUGGCCUCUGUUCAGAGACGUCUCCUUCUACAUCAUCGGCUUGCUCAUGCUCAUCUACUUUUUUCUGGAUAAUCAAAUCACACUGGUGGAAAGUAUCAGCCUGCUAAUGUGCUACUGCACCUAUGUGACUUUCAUGAAGUUCAAUGCCAAAGUGGAACAGGUCAUCAAAAGACAACUGGGCAGCAACCAGGUUGACAUCAUGGAGUCAGCACCCAAGGUAUUCUCGAUUCCUGAUGACGAGAACAAACUGAUGGCCAAACCAAGGUUACAGAGGGAAGGCAGCUGCGCGUCACUGCACAACUCACUGAUGAGAAACAGUAUCUUCCAGCUCAUGAUACACACACUGGACCCUCUGAGCAAUGAAGGACGAUUUAAAGAGAAGGCAUCAAUUCUUCACAAAAUGGCAAAACAGAAGUGUAAAGAAGAACAGGUUGUUAGUACUAACGGUGUCGCAAUCAAAACCAUAUCUUCGAGUACAAAGGUUGCAGUAGAAGUCACCCCUCCAAUGAACGGUGUUGCAGGAGAUGAGGUAUGGUCUCUCCAUCAGAUGGGUGAGGAGGAGGAAGAUGAAGAUCAGCCUCUGAGCCUGGCCUGGCCUGACACCAACAGGAAACGUCUCACCUACCUCGUUAUCCUACCUAUUGUCUUUCCUCUUUGGCUCACAUUGCCUGAUGUCAGGAGAGAGAGCUCAGAAAAGUUCUUCCCAAUCACCUUCCUUGGCUCCAUCAGUUGGAUUGCUUUCUUCUCAUACCUGAUGGUGUGGUGGGCUCAUCAGGUUGGAGAGACAUUCUGGAUCACAGAGGAAAUCAUGGGUCUGACUAUUCUAGCAGCAGGCACUUCCAUCCCUGACCUCAUCACCAGCGUAAUUGUGGCCCGAAAAGGCCUCGGUGACAUGGCCGUGUCCAGCUCAGUGGGCUCUAACAUCUUCGACAUCACUGUAGGGCUUCCAUUUCCGUGGCUGAUCUACAACAUCAUAAAUGACUUCAAGCCAGUGGAAGUGAGCAGCAAUGGCCUUUUCUGCGCCAUCGUCCUCCUGUUCCUCAUGCUCCUCUUUGUCAUCAUCUCGAUCGCAGCCUGUAAGUGGAGGAUGAGCAAGCUGCUUGGCUUCCUCAUGUUCCUGCUCUACUUUGUUUUCCUCAUCGUCAGUGUCAUGCUGGAGGACAAAAUUAUAGUAUGUCCAGUAACUGUCUGA